CAGACAUACAUGUACCGACCGUGUAGGGGUCAAAGAGUUGAUUUAUUCCACUCUUCAGUUGGACGUACCUCAGUAACCCUGGAGAGCAGUUAUGAAGAGAAGUCUUCCUCACAACUCGAGAUGGGCAGAGAGACGGUCAACUGUGGUUUAUGCGGUGCGCUCAGCCACGUUGGGCUCGUGGAGGAUGCUCACCCUGGGGGCAGAGUACGAGGACACCUGGGCUGUGUCACCUGACCGGAGGGCCGGCCCCUGUCUCCAGCGGGCAGAGGGAGAGCCGGGGCCUGUGGAGGGAGAGGACCCCUGCUCUGGAGACCCGGAGGGCCCGGUGUGGAGAGCGGACACGGUGCAGAAGUAUGACUCGGUGUUACACCUGGAGGACCAGAGCAGAGCGGGAAGAGGAGACGGUGUGCGUCAGAUAGUCCGGAAGCACGAGACGCUGAACAGCACACCAUGGCCUCGCGGGAUGCCUCGCUUCGCAGAAGAUCUGCCCACCCGCUAUGGAGGAGGCGCAGGCGGUGGAGGGAGAGGCGGACCGGGCGCCGGGAGAGGGGGAGCCCGGGGUGGCGGCGCUCCGGGCGGCCCGAGGGUGUACAAGCAGUCGAUGGCCCAGAGAGCCCGGACAAUGGCCAUAUACAACCCUAACCCAGUCAAACAAAACUGCUUCACUGUCAACCGCUCCCUCUUCAUCUUCCGCGAGGACAACCUCAUCAGGAAGUAUGCAAAGCGAAUAACAGAGUGGCCUCCAUUUGAGUACAUGAUCCUAGCUACAAUUAUCGCCAACUGCAUCGUCCUGGCCCUGGAGCAGCAUCUACCUGAACACGACAAGACGCCCAUGUCAGAACGCCUGGACGACACAGAGCCCUACUUUAUUGGAAUAUUCUGUUUCGAGGCCGCCAUUAAGAUCAUCGCCCUGGGCUUCGCGUUUCACAAAGGCUCCUACCUCCGCAACGGCUGGAAUGUAAUGGACUUCGUGGUCGUCCUCACGGGAAUCCUGGCCACGGUGGGUACAGACUUCGACCUGCGAACCCUGCGAGCAGUGAGAGUGCUGAGGCCCCUGAAACUGGUGUCAGGAAUCCCCAGUCUCCAGGUGGUGUUGAAGUCCAUAAUGAAAGCCAUGGUUCCUCUGCUUCAGAUCGGCCUGCUGCUUUUCUUCGCCAUCCUCAUGUUCGCCAUCAUCGGGGUGGAGUUUUACAUGGGAAAAUUCCACAGCACCUGCUUCAAAGAUGAUGAGAUAGUAGCAGACUGGCCUUGUGGCGUGGAGCCCCCGGCCAGGUUGUGUACGAAUGGGUCCAUCUGCAAAGGAUACUGGAAGGGACCCAACUUUGGCAUCACCAACUUUGACAAUAUCGGGUUUGCGGUGCUGACAGUUUUCCAGUGCAUCACCAUGGAGGGCUGGUCGGAAAUCCUCUACAGCACCAAUGACGUGGCGGGGAACACCUGGAACUGGCUGUACUUCAUCCCCCUCAUCAUCAUCGGCUCCUUCUUCAUGCUCAACCUGGUGCUCGGUGUCCUGUCUGGAGAGUUUGCCAAAGAGAGGGAGCGUGUGGAGAAGAGGCAGGAGUUCCUGAAGCUCCGCCGGCAGCAGCAGAUCGAGCGAGAGCUCACCGGGUAUUUGGAGUGGAUCUGCAAAGCAGAGGAGGUGUUGCUGGAGGAGGAGGAUGAGAUAGCAGAGGAGAAGUCCCCGCUGGACGGUGCGUGGUACAAGAGGAAGCAAAACCUUCCAGUCCAUAAGCGUGGCAAAGUGAAGAAAGGUAAAAACGACCUGAUAGGAGGCGAGGAGGGGGACGAUCCUUUCGCUGACAUCUCCUCCGUCCCUCCUCCUGGCUCUCCGUUUGGUCGGGCCAGCGUGAAGAGCAGCGGUAAGAUGGACAGCUCCUCGUACUUCCGGCGCAAAGAGAAGAGGAUGCGCUUCUUCAUCCGGCGCAUGGUCAAGGCUCCGAGCUUCUACUGGAUCGUUCUGUGUCUGGUGGGCCUGAACACUCUGUGCGUGGCCAUCGUCCACUACGACCAGCCCGACUGGCUCACCAGGACCCUCUACACAGCAGAGUUUGUGUUCCUGGGUUUGUUUCUGACUGAGAUGUCCUUGAAGAUGUACGGCCUCGGAGUGAGGAAUUAUUUUCACUCAUCCUUUAACUGCUUUGAUUUUGGGGUGAUUGUGGGAAGUAUUUGCGAGGUGAUCUGGGACAUGAUUAAACCCGGAGCAUCGUUCGGUAUCAGCGUGUUGAGAGCGCUGCGACUGCUCAGGAUAUUCAAAGUCACCAAAUACUGGAACUCGCUGAGGAACCUCGUGGUCUCCCUCCUCAACUCCAUGAAGUCUAUCAUCAGCUUGCUCUUCCUCCUCUUCCUCUUCAUCGUGGUCUUUGCUCUGCUCGGCAUGCAGCUCUUCGGAGGAAUGUUUAACUUUGAAGAAGAGACCCCAACCACCAACUUUGAUACGUUUGCAGCAGCCAUCCUCACUGUGUUCCAGAUUCUGACGGGCGAGGACUGGAACGCUGUGAUGUACCACGGCAUCGAAUCACAAGGGGGCGUACAUGGGGGCAUGUUCUCCUCAGUCUACUUCAUCGUCCUCACGCUCUUUGGAAACUACACCCUACUGAAUGUCUUCUUGGCUAUCGCUGUCGAUAACCUCGCAAAUGCACAGGAGCUGACUAAGGAUGAGGAGCAGCAGGAGCAGGCAGCCAAUAAGAAGCUGGCCUUGCAGAAAGCUAUGGAGGUGAAGGAAGUCAGCCCCAUGUCAGCAGCCAACAUCUCAAUCUCUGCUUUUGUAAAGCAAAAUCGAGAUGCAAUCUCUCGCAGGUCGUCCAUCAACAGCAUUCAGUCAGCUAAGGAGCAGCUGCGCUCUGCAAAGUCCAUGUCAGUGUGGGAGCAGAGGACCAACCAGCUGAGGAAACACAACAUGAGGACGAGCAGCGAGGCUCUGUUCAACGAGCUGGAACCUGAGGAGCGCCUGCAGCUGGCCUCCGCCCUCCACCUGCACCCCGACAUGAUGACUCACCUGGACCGGCCGCUCGUGGUGGAGGCCAAGAACGGCGACAAACCCUGCAGGUCUCCAGACGGAGGACGCGAAGAGACGGGGGAAUUCAGGCACGACGGGAUGGGAGAAAACCAAACUCACUCCAGGAGGCACCACCGGCACCGCGAGAGGAACGGGGAGGGCAGGGAUGGAGGGGAAGGCCACGGAGGGAGGCACCACACCCACCACAGCCGGAGCAGAGACCAAAACGGGGACAGAGAGAGGAGAGGGGACAGCAGCCACAGCCACGACGAAGGAGGACAGGGACACCGGCACAACCACCAGGCCGGCUCCCCUGAGGAGGACAACAAAGACUUCAGAGGAGGAGAAGAGAGAGGACACCGCCACCAUCACUCCCAUCGUUCACCCAAAGAGGGGAACGGGGUGAUAGCCAACGGAGCACAGGGAGAGCACAGGGGGAAGGGGGGAGGAGGAGGGGAGAGUAACGGAGAGAGGAGGGGACGCUGCUCUCGGAUGGUCAGAGCGCACUCUACUCUCGAUGGAGACGACUGUAAGAGGAACAAGAAUGGAUUCAAAGGUCACAGGGACAGGCAGCCGGAUGCUGAGGACGACGGCCUGGCCUCCAGUCCUCUGCAGCCCAUGCGCAGUAACCUGAGUCUUGGAGAGAAGCAGGAGGACGCCGACAACCAGAAGAACUCCACCAGGGCCAGCCAGGCCGGCCUCAACAGCAACACCAUCGUCAUCCCCGUCACCAUCACCGCCCCGCCCGGAGAGACCACCAUCAUACCCAUGAACAAUAUCGACUGUGACAACUUCUUAUUCAGCGAUGAGAAGAAAGACCUGGAGGAUGAGGAGGCGGCUAAUGGGCCUCGGCAGAUCCUCCCCUACAGCUCCAUGUUCGUCUUUGGGCAAACUAACCCGGUGCGGCGGCUGUGUCACUACGUGGUCAACCUACGCUACUUUGAAAUGUGCAUCUUGUUGGUCAUCACAAUGAGCAGCAUUGCUCUGGCAGCCGAAGAUCCAGUGCAAGCGAAUGCACCGCGCAACAACGUUCUCAAGUAUCUGGAUUAUGUCUUUACGGGGGUCUUCACUUUUGAGAUGGUGAUAAAGAUGAUUGACUUGGGACUGAUCCUCCACCCUGGCGCUUAUUUCCGUGACCUGUGGAACAUUCUGGACUUCAUCGUGGUCAGCGGAGCUCUGGUGGCCUUUGCCUGCUCAGGGACGAAAGGCAAGGACAUAAACACCAUCAAGUCCCUGAGGGUCCUCCGAGUCCUGCGGCCACUCAAGACCAUUAAACGUCUCCCCAAGCUGAAGGCGGUGUUCGACUGUGUCGUGAACUCUCUGAAGAACGUUCUUAACAUCCUCAUCGUCUACAUGCUCUUCAUGUUCAUCUUCGCUGUCAUCGCCGUGCAGCUCUUUAAGGGGAAGUUCUUCUACUGCACCGACGAGUCCAAGGGUCUGGAGAAAGACUGCAGGGGUCAGUUUCUGGACUUCAACCGUGAUGGUGUGGAAGCUCAGCCCAGAGUGUGGAAGAAGUACGAGUUUCACUACGAUAACGUUCUCUGGGCCUUCCUGACGCUCUUCACCGUGUCUACGGGAGAGGGCUGGCCACUGGUCCUGAAGCACUCUGUGGACGCCACCUACGAGGACAAGGGCCCCAGCCCUGGCUUCCGCAUGGAGACAUCCAUCUUCUAUGUGGUCUACUUCGUGGUGUUCCCCUUCUUCUUCGUCAACAUAUUUGUGGCUUUGAUCAUCAUCACUUUCCAGGAGCAGGGAGACAAGGCCAUGUCGGAGUGCAGCCUGGAGAAGAACGAGAGGGCUUGUAUCGACUUUGCCAUCAACGCCAAGCCGCUAACCAGAUACAUGCCGGCGAACAAGCAGUCCUUCCAGUACAAGAUGUGGAAGUUUGUGGUGUCGUCCCCGUUCGAGUACGCCAUCAUGUCUUUGAUCGCCUUGAACACAGUCGUGCUGAUGAUGAAGUGCGACCCCGCUCCAGACCUGUACAAGUCCAUGCUGAAAUACUUAAACAUCCUCUUCACAGCCCUCUUCACACUGGAGUGCUUCCUCAAGAUUAUUGCCUUCGGCCCGCUGAACUACCUGAAAGCAGCGUGGAACGUGUUUGACUUUGUGACCGUGCUGGGGAGUAUCACAGACAUCUUGGUGACAGAGAUUAAGACGGAUAAGGUGCUCAACCUGAGUUUCCUGAGGCUCUUCAGAGCUGCGCGCCUCAUCAAGUUGCUGCGGCAGGGAUACACCAUCCGCAUCCUGCUGUGGACCUUCGUUCAGUCCUUCAAGGCUCUGCCGUAUGUCUGCCUGCUCAUUGCCAUGCUGUUCUUCAUCUACGCCAUCAUUGGAAUGCAGGUGUUUGGAAACAUUAAACUGAUUGAAGAGAACGCAAUAAAUCACCACAACAACUUCCAGACCUUUUUCCAGGCAUUGACUCUUCUCUUCAGGAGUGCGACGGGCGAGGCGUGGCAUGAGAUCAUGUUGGCGUGUCUCAGUAACCGGCCGUGUGAUAGUCUCACAGGAACUUUGGGGAAUGAGUGUGGAAGUGACUUUGCCUACUUCUACUUUGUCUCCUUCAUCUUCCUCUGCUCCUUCCUGAUGCUGAACCUGUUUGUCGCUGUCAUCAUGGACAACUUUGAGUAUCUGACCAGGGACGCCUCCAUCCUUGGGCCUCAUCACCUCGAUGAAUUCAUCCGCGUGUGGGCGGAGUACGACCCUGCUGCCUGCGGGAGGAUAUGCUAUCAGGAUAUGUACAAAUUGUUGCGUUUUAUCUCCCCUCCCCUGGGCCUGGGGAAGAAGUGCCCUAACAGAGUGGCUUAUAAGCGAUUGGUGAGGAUGAACAUGCCCAUUGCGGAGGACAAGACGGUGCACUUCACCUCCACGCUGAUGGCCUUGAUCCGCACGGCGCUGGAGAUCAAACUGGCAUCUGGGGUCCUGGCGCAGCACCUGUGCGACGCUGACCUGAAGCGGGAGAUCGCCCGCGUGUGGCCCAGCCUGUCGCAGAAGACCGUCGACCUGCUGGUGACCCCACCCAAAUACAACGAGCUGACGGUGGGGAAGGUCUACGCAGCUCUGAUGAUCUUUGACUACUACAAGCAGACCUGUGCCAAGAGACUCCAGCAGCAGAACAACACAGGCUUACCUCAGAGUAAACUGUUCCGUCCGGUGCUGACCCUCACUCAGAUAAAGGAAGUAGAACCAACGUUCCCCUUCCCCAAACAGCCCAGCCCCCCCCAGCCUGAGCCAGAAACCAAGCUAGUGGCACUGCCCAGUACAAGCAUCCCCUCCAUCAGCAGGGACACAGCGCUAAACCAGACGAGGGUCAUAAAACAUUCCCAGUCCGGAGACGUUUCUCAGAUGGCACAACAGAGACCCAAAGUCCGGAGGAAACUACAGAGAGGCCAGUCAGAGGAUGUGCCCUACACCACCAGACCUCAGGAAUUUGUUGAGCUGACGAAGGUGGAGGACAUUUCAGACUCAGAGGCAUAUCCGAGCCUGGAGGGCCACUGCAGAGCGGCUUCUCUGCCCAGACUCAACGCUGAGUACUACCGGAGCCACCCUCGCCACGCCCCUGGGACCCACCUGGCACCGAUUGUGGACCUGAGUCCCAUCAAGCGCUCGGCCUCCUCGCUGAUGCCGCAGCACUACCAGGAGGUCGGGCUGAGGGAGUAUGACCUGGAACGGCCCGGUUUGGCUCAGUCCCCGACGGGCCCAGGUCAGAUCCAGGACCAGGACAGAGCCCACCACCAUCACCACCACCACCGCUGCCAUAGACGCAGGGAGAAAGAUAAAGACAAGAAGCAAAAGUCUCUGGAUAGAGCUGGAUCAGUGCAGCCAUCCAGCACAGUUGAUUCGUUCACCGACCCUUCAGCGGAGGGUUUGUCCAGAGAGCGAGCGAGGGAGCGUGACCGCAGCCGGCCUCAUGAGAGGAGGCAUCACUCCUCAGCAGGAGAGAAGCAGCGCUACUACUCCUGUGAGCGUUACGGCAGCAGAGAGCAGUGUCACACCAAAUCAGCCGGUCCCAGCAGAUCCACGUCCCCCGGAGAGGGGCAGGACGCUGCUCUGCUCAGACAGCAUGGUAGCAGUGUGGUGAAAGCUGUGCCGCUGCCCUCGGGAUCGAGCACUCCGGGCCGCGGUCGCAGGCAGCUCCCUCAGACCCCCCUCACCCCUCGUCCUGCCGUGGCUUACAAGACCGCCAACUCCUCGCCUCUCCAGCCCAGUGCCAGCGCCGCCACCACGGGGCCCCAGACUCGCUUCAGCCGCGGCCUUUCAGAGCACGAUCGGUUAAACUGGGGCCACGACGAGUCCCCGAUCCCCGUCACACGCAUCGGUUCGGACUCUAAUCUAAACCGCCAGUCGCAGCUCUCCCCUCAACAGGCGUCCCAUGGAGAGGACUUCCAUGACUCUGUGAGUAGCCACGGAGGGGGACGCUUUGCCCGAAACGCAGCCUCCACCUCCACCUCCACCACAGCCUCGGCUUCACAAGGAACUGCUGCUGCGUCCGUCACAGCGGCAAACACGCAAGGUCGCUCGGGGGUGCCCAACGGGUUCCACUUCACCCUCGGGGGCAACUCUGCGUCUGCUACUGGGAGCCGAGGGAGUCUCAGGGAGAGGGAGGACGAGGACUGGUGCUAACGUGGUGGAAACGUAUCAGUGUUGUACAGCGCUCUAGCUAAGGUCCAAUGAGCUGACAGGAAGCCGGCGGAUUUAUCCAAAAGGAAACUCUUUGAGGAAAAAGCCAGUGGAAAGUGCUGUAAAAGGGGAUCAGAAACCAUUCCAGCUUUAUAGUGUUACUCUCCUUUUUUAUACAACAAACUUUUAAGGAUAUAAAGACACUGAUGACUUUUUCUACCCCCUUUACUUGCACUGAAACUAUAGCACCUGUGAAGACCCUUAAGUAUUUUGCCUUGGCCAGUAAAAUCAGUGAUGGAGCAGAAGACAAAACGCCAUCCUCAUUCUUUGAGCGGAAGUGAUCUGAAUGCCUCAAAGCUGGUAUCAACAUGGCUGCUCACAACACUGUUUUAUUUUUGUAUGUUUAAUGUUGUUCAUGGUUGCUAUGUCGGUGAGAGAGGAGUUACAACUUGAUCAUAUUGAUGCUUCCACCAAAUUAUCUUUUUUUCAUCAGCCUUUACUUGGGGUUAUCACCACAUUUUGUCCAGAUGGAACCAAUUUAUGUCAAUCUUAAACUUCUGCCAUGAAACCUAAGGGACACACCGAAAAAUGUGACAAAAAAUGUAACAUUGUGAGAGGUUGGAUUUAGAAUUAGAGCCCAGUUUUCAUAAUCAGUUUUUGUAAAUUGUACCAGAUGUACAUUUUUUGAGUGCGCAUAGGGAAUAGAUAACUCUUUUCUGAUGUUAUGUGGCUGAUUACUAAGUGCCUCGUUUUCCAAGAUGUAUUAAGAUGCAGCCUGAUCAGAUGGACUUGAAUAUACAGUAGAGGAUGUGAGUGUGUACAAGGCUGAGGAAAGUGUAGAGAACAAAGUUUUAAUCUGGUAUAGUGGACCGAAUGCAAAAAAAUAUCAAUUAUGUUUUGUACUGAAUCUUGUGGUAAGUAUGUCUGAUUUACAGAUCCAAAGUAAGCGAUGUAAUGCAUGCCAGGGUCUUGAACUUGUCAAAAAUAGUGUCUGUACUUUUUGCUUAAGGGUGUGUGGUAAGCAUUUGCCUUUCUCUUUCAAAUAUACUGCCAGCCAGUUGGUAGAAAUGGUCUCUGAAUGCAGAAAAGUGCCAUUUUUUAUUUAUUUCUGAUCAACAAAUCUCAACACUUGCCUCCUCAAGCAUACAUUGUUUCUGCCAUAUUUCCCCAAAUGUCCAGGUUUACACUUAUCUCUCCCCCCCCCCUGAGUGCAGUAUUGUGUGAGGGUUUUAGGAGAGGUUACCUGUCUGUGUAUCCACAGGUACAAUAAAGAGUUGUGUUGUUGCCGCUGACUGUUGACUUGAAAUAGGGCUAUGCAACAAGACGACACUUCAUCUGCCCUGUAGCUUUACCGUCUCGAAUCUCCAGGUUCAGGCUUUAGUGUGACUGCGACCAAAUUUUACAUUUAUGUAUGAAGAGUUGUAAAUUGUAUAUGUAUUAUAUGAUGUACAGUUAACUGACAAACACACACUGAGGCACAAAUGGCAUCAAAGCUGAUAUAUGUGAAUCACAGGGCAUUUAGAGGUUGGCAAGUUGACUGCAUGAAGCCUACCCAGAUAGAAACACCCAGAAUAUAAAACUGUUGGAUCAAGUUGUGUUUUUUAAUUAUUUUGAACAGUUUUAAACUUGCUUGAAAACCAGAUACAUAUUGAUUGAUACAAUGGUUUAGUGUGAGGUAUUCUGUCAAUAACAGAUGGCCUUUAUUUAGCUUUUCCCCACUUUUCUGCAACAUGUUGGCUCCACUCUUUCCCACUUUCCUUUGGGCAUGACUUAUUGUCAACUAAUCCAAUGAAAGACCAAUACCAACAAUAGUGUGUUUA